AAAUCUUGGAACACUUUCGGUAGCCAAUAGAUUGCGAUUUUCAUAAAAGUAUUGUCCCGCACCUCUCUUUGGACUGUUAUUUGAGCCAUUUUUGCGGUGGAUCAUGGUAACAUUUGUUGAGAACAAGCAUAUAAAGCGUCGCUUACUACAAAGCCUAGUCAACCAUCCUCUUUACAUUUAUUUUCCAACAAUGAGAACCAUCACUAGCCUAUUUGCAGGUCUAUGCCUUUUGUCAAUGGUACUUCAAGCUUCUGCUCAUGUUACAUUCACCAUAGCAACUGGCCAGCCUGGAAGUUACCUUUAUACUGGGCUUCGCGUUCCUCAUGGCUGCAGUGGCUCUGCUACCACUGCCAUCUCUGUUUCUGUUCCGGACAAUGUCUACUCUAUCAAGCCAGAGGUCAUCGCUAACUGGAACCUUACCAUUCAGUAUGUCAAUCUGACCACUCCCAUUACCAUAGAAGGACAGCAAAUCAAUCAAACGGUAUCAAACAUCUCUUGGUCCAAUGGUCUUCUUCCCAAUGAUCAAUUUCAAGAAUUUGGUCUUCAGAUUCAACUGCCUUCCACUGGAUACAAUAACACAAAUACUCUCUGGUUUCCAGUGGUUCAGACAUGCGUAAAUGGAACUUCAACCUGGGGAGGCAUCGCAAACACUUCUUCAUGGAACCAGUACUUGGGAUAUCCUGCUCCUCAUAUUGACCUGGUCAAUGCCACUAGCUCCUCUUCAGCAGCACAACCAUCAUCUACUGUAGCCCACAGUGCUGGCGUAAGCGUCUCAGCUGGUACUGCAUCGACCUUGAUGUUGCUUCUUGGAACCUUUGUCGCAAUGCUCGCGUAGGACACUUUUUUUCAUAUCCUUGAUUUCAAAACGUUACAUAAAAAGUGUUCCAAACUUUGCUUAAAAAUAUUAUAAGUUCAUAGUUACAACACAGUACCUAAUGCUGAUAAUACAUAAAAAUGCAAUCUUAAAUAAAAAAACUCUCUAGCUCAAAACCAGUACAGAAUUUCAAAACAACAGAU